CUCGCCGGACCCUGCGCUCUGGGGGCCGGCGGUGCAGUUAAAAAAGACUGAAGUGGGGUAAGGUGUUGACUCCCUGGAAGGCAGAUGAGCCCCGCAGAGAGACCUGGGCCGGUCGGAGAACUGGGCAGGCGCCAACUGUGUGAAGUUUAAUAAGGACAAGUGUCGGAUUCUGCGUCUGGGAGAGGACAGCUCUGGAAGACUGAGACCAGAUGCAAGCCCUGGCUGGCCCAGGGGACUCCUCACUCAGGCUGUGCUUUUCAACUGAUCCACCUACUAUGAGGUGAUGCCGUGACAAUAAAUAAAGCUCAUGUAAAAAGUUCAUCAUGCUCUGAAAGCCUGUCUCAAAAACAUGUUUGAAAAAUAAUCCAAAAUUUAUUUGGUAGACCACAUCUGCAUCCAUUUUUAAUUCUGCUGUAUUAGAAGGAUGUUGAAAUACUGAAGUGAGCGUGGCACAGUACCCUGCGAUUGUGACUGGAGUGGGUGGUGUACAGUAGAAUCUGAGAUAAUUGGUUUUGCCCUAAGAGGGGAGUGCCAAAUGAAGAUGUCUUCACUAAUACACUAAUAGAAGGACGUGCAGAGGAUGGACAAAGCCAGACUCUUCUUGGAUGUACUCAGCAAAAAGACAGAAGACUUGUGGAUACAAGGGACAACAAGCAUAUACACAGAAAGAAAAAUUUCAAAUCACGAUUCAACUGAAUGAACACCAAAGAUUAUUUAUUCAUAAAUGGAAAAGCUGGUUGCUUGUGUACAGAAAAAGCCAGGUGCUCUUUGUAGACUGAUUUGCUUUCCGUGGGCUGGAGGUGGAACUUCACAACUUGCUCAAUGGGGCAGACUCUUCAACGACUCAAUUGAAGUGUUCUGUAUAAGGCUUCCUGGAAGAGAAAGUCGUUUUGAGGAGCCUUUUGCAAAAGACAUGACAAGCGUAGUUAAUGAAGUUACAAGUGUUUUGUUAAAAGAAUUUAAAGAAAAACCAUUUGCAUUUUUUGCUCACAGUCUUGGAACUUACAUGAGUUUAGCUGUUGCACUUCAUUUGAAAGAAAAGUACGGACUGGAGCCAGUCCAUCUUUUCAUGUCAGCAGCACAUGCCCCAAACUCUGUAGGACAUCUUGCCCUCAAAAACAUAGCCCUGCCUGAUGAAGACAAUGAAUUUCUUGUAUGUAUGGAGAUUGUAGGAGGAAAUUACAAGCUUCCACAUAAUGAAGACAUUAGGAAAAGUACAGCGCGUACCUCCAGAGAAGACGCUAGACUUUUUCAGACGUUUUCAUUUGAGAAGGCAGAAAUGAACAGCCCCUUCUCCUGUGAUAUUACUCUCUUUUCUGGGUCUGAUGAUAAAAUAUAUGACAUACAAGGUUGGCAAGAACUAACGAGUGGAGAUACUUCGUUUUAUGAGUUUCCUGGAGAUCACUUUUAUCUGCUGAAACCACCUAGUGAAAGUUUAUUGAUAAAACACAUCACAAGAUGCAUAGAACAUGCUGGUGUAUGAGUAUUUCCCUCAAUUUUAAUAGCAGAAUGUAUAAGCUUAGUCCACAGCAAUUUGUAGUAAGUCACUUUCUUCUUUACAUUGCAUGCAGUUAUGCCUAAAAGUUACUCUGUUCCUCCUCUGUAAUCCUCUAAAAGGGAGAGUUUUCCCAAUUUUUUUUGAAAACAAACAUUGGGUUUGGGUCUUAAAAAGGGUUUUGUCUUUUCCUUCUUCUCUUGCACGUGUACAAACUCUUCACUUCAUUCCAUAACCUUGUUUGCAAAAAAAAAAGUGUCUGUUAUUUUAGUUAGAGCUUCUCUGCUUGUCUGCUGCUGUCAAAAUGCUAAAUAUAAUUUAAUACUCACAAAAAUCCACAAUUCUCACAGAAAGCUUAAUUUAUUCACCUCAAAUUUAUUUAGAUUAAUAUACAAGCUAAAAAUAGAUUAUAAAUGUAAAUAUCCUUUACGGUCAAACAGCUUAUGCUUAAAAGGUAUUAGUGUCAGACUACACAAUAAGGAAUUAGCAUUGCAUUUUUCUCAACAGAAUUAGUUCAUUAGCUACCGAAGAGUUAAUUAUUAGUGGGAAUUAUUUUGAAUAUUCUAGAUCCCAUAUUUUUCUAC